CGGAAGUUGUGCAUAUUUCAACCGGAAGUUGACAUUUUAUAAAUAGCGUCCUAAACAACCAAGAGCUCGUGCUUUAAAAAUGGAAGAAGACAGUAAAUAUACCUCGUUUGAUGUGGAUAUGGGGUCUCCCUGUCGUAAAUCUAAACCCCCUGAGAGAUUAACAAAAUAUCAACGUCAUCACACUACACAAGAAGAAAUACAGGCCAAACAAAUCGCUGCAGAAGAGAGACGAAAGAUCUAUGAACAAGAAAAGCUGACGAGAAUCCAAGAAAGGAGUGAAGAGUGUUCCAAAAUUAAUUCUAAAGUGAGUCAUUUGUUGGCUCUUGAUGCCAAGAGACAAGGCCUGCCUGAUACAAGUCACAUAAAACCCAUCUCUACAAGGGAGGCUGUGCAGUCCAUUAAAUCUCUCAGUAAAGACUUCUCUAAAAUAACACAAGGCUUCAAUGUGAAUCAGAUGCAAUCAUAAUAUUUACCUCCAUCUUACAAUUUCCUCCUAUUGGGAAAAGUAAACAUCAUGUACUUCAGGAAAAUGUACCAAGUACAUAAAGUUCCUUUCAUAUUUCAUGAAGUUCCAAAGGACAAGAAUUACUGAAGUUGAUCAAUGCAUUUACAAUAUGAAUUUUAAAUGCCAGUGCAAUACCAACAUCACUGGAAUGGAAUUACAAGGAUUUAUUUAAUAGUUGAAAAAAAGUGGACAUGCAGUUCCUUGCCAAGUGUUAACGUUCAGUAACAAUAGCCAAGACAUGUUACUUGAAUAAUUUAUUUCAGUUCUUUCAUUGUUUAUACAAAUAAACACUUACAAGAAAUCUUU